GGGCUGCCGCCGGGCGCCGCUGGCCGCACGCGUGACCCUCCCUCCGGCGCUGUCCCCGCAGGCGGCGUGAUCAGCUACGUGGGCUCGAGCGGCGGCUCGCCGAGCCGCACGAGCCCCGUGUCGCUCUGCAGCGACGGCUCCAACGGCUCCUGCCAGCCCUUCCCAGCCUACUUCCCACCGUCGCCCACCGGCUCCCUGCAAGACGCCCGCGGCUACGGCAGCGCCUCGCUGGCCUCCCGCGAUGACGGCUCCCCUUCAUCCUCCUCAUCCUCCUCCUCCUCCUCCUCGGCCUCCUCGUUCGGCUCCACCGGGAGCUUCCCGGCCGCGCUGCCGGCAGAUGAGCGGCGCCGUGGUUCCCCAAGCAAGGCCAGCGGCUCCAUAACCAAGCUCAACGGCAUGGUGCUGCUCUGCAAGGUGUGCGGCGAUGUCGCCUCCGGCUUCCACUAUGGGGUCCACGCCUGCGAGGGCUGCAAGGGCUUCUUCCGCCGCAGCAUCCAGCAGAACAUCCAGUACAAGAAGUGCCUCAAGAACGAGAACUGCUCCAUCGUCCGCAUCAACCGCAACCGCUGCCAGCAGUGCCGCUUCAAGAAGUGCCUGCUGGUCGGCAUGUCCCGUGACGCCGUGCGCUUCGGCCGCAUCCCCAAGCGGGAGAAGCAGCGGAUGCUGGCGGAGAUGCAGAGCGCCAUGAGCGGCCUGGGCAGCGCGGCACCGAGCGGCACUGAGGGCCCGGCUGCCGGCGGGGGCCGCGCGCCGCCCCCCGGCCCCCCGCCGCCCACGCCCCCCGCCUGCCCCAUGAACACGCAGCCGGGCGGGCGCAGCGGGCGCUCCGUGCAGGAGAUCUGGGAGGAUUUCUCCCUGAGCUUCACGCCGGCCGUGCGCGAGGUGGUGGAGUUCGCCAAGCACAUUCCCGGCUUCCAGGCCCUCUCCCAGCACGACCAGGUCACCCUGCUCAAGGCUGGCACCUUUGAGGUGCUCAUGGUGCGCUUCGCCUCGCUGUUCAACGUGAAGGAGCAGACGGUGACGUUCAUGAGCCGCACCAAGUACAGCCUGGAGGAGCUCUGGGGCAUGGGCAUGGGCGACCUGCUCAGCUCCAUGUUCGAGUUCAGCGAGAAGCUCAGCGCGCUGCAGCUCAGCGACGAGGAGCUGGGGCUCUUCACCGCCGUCGUGCUCGUCUCCGCAGACCGCUCGGGCAUGGAGGACGCGGCGUCGGUGGAGCAGCUGCAGGAGACGCUGAUCCGCGCGCUGCGCGCGCUCGUGCUCAAGACGCACCCGGCCGAGACGUCGCGUUUCACCAAGCUGCUGCUCAAGCUGCCCGACCUGCGCACCCUCAACAACCUCCAUUCCGAGAAGCUGCUCUCGUUCCGCAUCGAGCCCCAGUAG